AUGGCACUGACGAGGCGAGCGCCGGAGGGCGGACCGUCGCGCGCGACGCGCAACCGAUCUCUGGCGCUUCGGAGGUUAUGCCUUGGCAGCUUUGCAGCGGCCGCCCUUGCAACAGGUGGCUUACGCUUGGGACGGGGUUUUGAGGCUCUGGCCAACGGAGGACCUGACCCAGCAGACGAGGAUGCAUCUUCACCAGAUGCAGCUGCAACGCACCCGCUGAGGAGCUCGGUGGGAGGGCCUCUGCGCGACUGGUGGCGGCCCUGCGCCCUCAUGGGCGGAACUUGUCGGUGCGUGGGCACCUUGGUUUUUAGCACGGUCCUUGGGGACUCGAUUCGAGAGAUCAACUCCGACGGGGCGGUGUCCUGCACGGCAGAGGCUUUGGGUGCUCCAACGCACAGAGAUUUGAAGAUGUGCUGGUGCCAGGACGGCCUGCCGUGGGACAACGAUGUUAGAAAGGGGCUCGCUGCCAUGGUGCGGCAGGGGCUUACCCCGCGAAUUGAGAUAGCUUCCGACGAGGCAGCAGAGCCUGGCUGCCAAGCCGAUCACGAUGACCUUUGGUAUGGCUGUGUCGUCAUGAGUCGGCGGUGGGACACAACUGUCAUUCCUCAGGUCAUGGCACGCACGGCUCCGGCAGAAGAGCAGUUAGACAUGGCGCUUCGCAAGCUGGAUGCUUGUCACCGCAUAUCUCCGCUGGCGUCCAUUCGGGUUCUCGGAGUUCGUAGUGGCCAAGCGGCAGAUGAUGUCAAGUUGCCAAUGGCCCAAUCCCGCGUCUGCUCGGUGGUGUACCGGCCAGAUGAAGGAGUGACUUGGACCGCCCAUACUCCCGCGCUUCAUUGCGCGACGGAGCCUGGCACCUGCACAACGACACCUUGCGAGUGCCGCCGUUCGACCGACCGCAAGUUGGAACUUCGAACCCCACAGGGCCAAAGAUGCUGGGCUUGUUCGGAGAGCGGUAAGGAGUACACCUUCAAAGUGAACGCACUGGCUGAACAGAUGGAGGGGCAGUCCGUGUCCUGGUGGCCUCCGUACGGAAUCAACAGCCCACCGAUUCUUUGGAUAUUCAUGGAUAUCUGGAGCGUCGCGGAUGCGUGCCCGGUCAUCACCGGAUACAUGUUCUUGUUCUUCUGCUGCCUUGUGAUCCGCAAGAUCGAGGAGUUUACCGGAGGCCUCAUCCCGUGGACGCGCUGCGUGCCCAUCUUUGGGCCGGCGCUCAAACGCGGUGAGGCUUGGCGCUUCGUGACCUUCACCUUUUUUCACCUGCAGUUUCUGGACUUAUUCCAGAAUCUCCUGACGCUUCUGGACACCUUAGACGUGGAGGCCACGCCACCCAUCGUUCUGGGUGAUGGCUCAAACUUAAAGUGUGGUGUCGGUGCCAAGCAGAACUUCAUGUGCUAUCCCAGCAUCGGACUGGGCUCCUUCCACACCCUGGGUGUCGCCCUGGUGAGCUCGGCGAUUGGCGGCAUGUGCAGCACCUGGGUGAAGUUCGGCGACGUCGUCGCAGGUGCCUCCACCCUUGGUUUCGGCCUCUCUGGGGCGAUUGUCGCCCUCUACGCACUCUACGCAGGUGCUGGUUUGGAUUCCACUUCCAGUGUUCAGCGCAACUUCGAGAACUGGGUCUGGCUUCGGCUGAUCUUCGUGGGCUUCCACAUAGCCAUGGAGUUUGUUCGUGGCCUCUCGCAGAGGGAUUUGGCUGGUCUCUGGGCCCACACCACUGCCUUUGUUGCCGGCAUUGCGUACGUUCUGUACUUCUUGCCGCCAAUGGGUGACGGAACAGUUCUGUCCAGCGAUCGUCCAUAUGUCGUGGCUUGUGCUUACGAUCAAGGUGGCUUCUCAGCAUCCGCACCUGAGUGUAUCCGCCUCUUCUCCAGCAUCUAUGAGUACCAGGUGCCAGAUAUACAGCGGCAAGCUUUCCUCUUCUACAGCACCGUGGUUGGUUGGACAAUCUUCAAUACGUUCGUGGUGCACCGCAGUGUCAAGUCGAACGAAGCCGUUCUUCUUGCGGGCUCCGAGGUGAGCGCCAUUUGUUGCGCACGUCGUCAGGCUGCUGCUGGGGGAGGUGGCUCAGGGGGUUCGGCCGACGGCUUUGCGUCGAACAUGGAUGGACAGGAGAUCAUCCUUUGGUGUGAGGUGCUUACCAUGAUCGGCUGGCGGCCGGAGCAGGGCACGGAAGAUGCCGAGCGCAAGGUGGAAGUGAGGUGUCUCGACAAGAAUCCCGCUUCACAAGGACCCAUGCUGGAUGGUCCAGCAGAGGCUGAAGCAUCCUCACACAACAUCCCAGGAAAAGAACUGACUUCUAUCAGGGAAAGCAUCUUCUUGCCGGUGAAGUACCAUCCGAAGUCGAGCUUCAUCCAGAUCGUACUCUACGACCUGGAUCCGCAGAAGAAGCCGUGGGCAUAUGCUUCCAUCUCGCUCUCGCAGGCGCUCCGAUCCAAGGGAGAGCGCAGAUUGAAACUACAGCCCAUCGAGAGCAAGGCCGCAUCUGGCUCAUGGCCCAAGGCCGUAUCUGGAUGCCUGCCAUGGAGACGAGCACCUCAAAUCAUGAUGAAGUUCAGGAAUCUGGAUCCCAAGAAGGCUGGAGAAAUCAGAGAUGCGGUCAAGCAGCAGCUGGACUUCACGAAGCAAGACCUGGACAAGAGAGAGCGAGAACUGGAAGAACUGAAAGCCGUGAGAGAUACGCUGAAUGCUGACAAUGGUGACGGUGCCAGUUGA